AAUGUUCCAUCCCUAGCUAGUGAAGCCAACUUUUAUCAAAGCUACAGCAUUCAAGGACAGCGUCACCAGCGCUCUUAUAUGUACAUACACAAAUAUGGAUAUGAUUCAGUGGCCUUCAUUGCUGUUGAUGCUUGUCUUCUUCCAGGGCCCAAAAGGCCAUUUAAUUUUAUUGGUAUGCUUACAAACAAAGAAAUGAAGCUACUUCAAGAAUUUGAUACUGCCAGCCGCAAGAGUAAUUACUCUGUGUGGUUUGGCCAUUAUCCGACCUCUUGUAUACUCUCCCCUGAGCCAGGGAUUCGUCGAGUCAUGGGCCAUGGGCUGGCAUACUUAUGUGGCCACCUACACACCCUAGGAGGACUUGCACCAAAUAUGUAUACCAGGCAGCAAACUGGUUCAUUAGAACUAGAAUUAGGCGACUGGAAGGAUGGCAGAAUUUUUCGAGUAGCUGCAAUAGACCAUGGUCUGUUUUCUUUUACGGAUGUGACGCAUGGCACAUGGCCCAUUAUCCUUGUCACCAACCCCAAGCACGCUUUAUUUGCCAUGCCCCUCCACGAACCACUGCACCUCUUGAGGGAAUCUUCGCAUAUCAGGGUGCUGAUUUGGUCACUAGCUCCCAUUGUAGAGGCUAGAGUUAGACUGGAUGAGUCCCAGUCGUGGCUUGUACUUUCCCAUGUAGAAGGACCAUUGUAUGUAACUAAAUGGAAUGCUGAGAGAUAUGCAGAUGGAAUACAUUCACUAGUGGUACAUGUUAGAGACAGAGAUGGACGGGAAAGAACAGUUACCCAGCCAUUUUCUCUUGACGAAUCUCGACCAUCAUUUAGUUUUUGGCCCAGAGCUCUCUUGAUGUCGAAUGUCUCAAUGUGUUUCCAAUUCCUGUUUGGUAUCAUGGUGUGCAUAUGUGUGAUUCCUCUUUGUAUACUUCGAUACAUACAUCAUUUAGUUCUUGAACGCCGGAUGGUACGACCACGUCUUAAGUGGUCUAUUUGUAACACCAUAUUACGGAAGCUGUGGGUAAUGGUGUCAGUGGACAGACUCUUUUGGCCUUUAAUCCUGACAGCCAUAUAUUUGCCACUCGGACCCUGGUUUGUUGGGGAAGUGAUUGAAGACCAUAUUGGUGUGGUAUUUGCAUGGGGGACCUUUGUCAACAGAAGCUACCUACCUGGGUCUCUCACUUAUGCCUAUGGAUUCUUUCAGAUGGUGGUCUUCCAAGUACCACUCAUUAUGGCAGUUUCCCAUUGCAUUGACCUACGAUUUCGGUCAUUGUACAUAAGCCCCAUCUGCAGUUUCCCCCAGUACCUUUGGCGACAUAUUUGUUUGCUGAUAAUUAUUACAAGUCAGAUGAUCUCAGCUUACUUCUUUUGGUUGGCGUAUGGCACGAUGGCACUCCUCCUGGGCCCUUUGCGCACAUGGUCGGCAAUUGUUGGACUAGUUUUAUGGUACCAGGCAGCCACUGCUCAUAAGAACCUUCUUAGAGGAGCAGCUCAAAUAUGGAUCCCAAGACAGCAGAGCUUGGAAGCAGAGGAGAAUGACUUCACAAAAAAUGCUGGAAGUGUUGAUGAUGUUACACAGAGCUCUCUUUGACUUCAGCAUUUAUUAUUAUUCUAUAGAUUGAAUUCUUUAGAAAAUCAUUAUCACAUGUAAAUUAUCCAGUCUUUAUUAUAGUUUUCUUAUACAUGGAAGUCCCUGAUACUAAGCAACUUAUGAGUGUAAAACUUACACUGAAAUUCUAUGAUAGGAAGAUUAUGAUAUAUUUGAUCUAACCAUAGCAUAAAGCCAAAGUGCUUUCUGUAGAAUUUGGUUGUCUGUCAAAGGCAAAGAUAUGACAAAGGCUAGUUAGUCAGUCAUUUUUUAAAGUUUAUUUUUAUGUAUUUAUUUAUAUAUUUGAUUUAUAAUUUAUUUAUUUGUGUGUUUGUUCACAUUUUUGGCAAUUGCUUCCAGUGGUUGCAUCCUCUGUAAGCUCUGUAUUUUCAGAUACUUUUGUGCCCUUUUUUCUCUGUUGUCUCUUCUUCCCUCUCGUUCAUUUUCACCCAGUCCAUGUUUUCCUCUCAUGGCUUUUUCUUUUUAUUAUUUCUUAAUCUAUUUUAUUAUUUUUAAUAAUCAGAUUUGGCAGUAAUUUAAUACAUGCCAAAUUGAUUAUGGAAGAGCCUUUAAAUUCUCAAAAAUAUAUUGAUUACUGCUUAUAUCCCUUUCGUAUCCUCUAUUUUUUCAUAAUUGACAUGCUAUGCAUGAAUACUAAUCUAGUUUUGAGGGUUGUAAUUUGAAAGUAAUUGUGAUUAUUAAAUCAACAUUCCAAAAGAUAAUAUGUUAGAGGAGAGAUAAUUGUGUUUAGGAUAAGUAAGAGCUAUGGUACAACCAUGUACUGAAAAUUGAUCCAAGCAGUUGAGAAUAUAUAUAGCACAAAAGCUCAGUUGUACUAGACAAGGGGUUAAAUAUUGCUUGUAAAGAGUUCAAUAAGAUCUUUGAAUUAGUAAUACAGUAACCCCACCAAAUUAUAAAUAUGACCUUUGAAUAAGGGAUUAAACUAUAAUGAAGUAUCCAUGAUAAUAAACAUCAAACUUGA